AUGGAGUCGCCGUUCCGCGCGGACCUGCUGAGGGGCAAGGCGGCGCUGGUCACGGGCGGGGGCUCCGGCAUCGGCUUCGAGAUCGCCGCGCAGCUCGCGCGCCAUGGCGCGCACGUCGCAAUUAUGGGCCGCCGCCGCGAGGUCCUGGACAAGGCCGUCGUCGCGCUCCGCUCCGAGGGCCUCAAGGCUGUUGGUUUCGAUGGAGAUGUCCGCAAGCAAGAGGAUGCUGCCAGAGUGAUCGCAUCAACGGUUGAGCAUUUCGGCAAGCUGGACAUUCUUGUCAAUGGUGCUGCCGGCAACUUCCUUGCAUCCCCAGAGGAUUUGAAGCCCAAGGGAUUCCGAACUGUUCUUGACAUCGACACUGUGGGUACAUACACAAUGUGUUAUGAAGCCCUCAAGUAUCUCAAAAAGGGUGGACCAGGGAGAGGUCCUUCCUCUGGUGGCCUCAUCAUUAACAUAAGCGCAACACUGCAAUACACUGCAGCUUGGUACCAAAUUCAUGUCUCUGCUGCCAAGGCAGGUGUUGAUAGUAUCACAAGAUCGUUGGCUCUGGAAUGGGGAACAGACUACGACAUUAGAGUAAAUGGAAUUGCACCUGGACCAAUCCAAGACACUCCAGGAAUGAGGAAACUUGCGCCUGAAGAAAUGAACAAGGGGAAACGAGAAACGAUGCCAUUAUUUAAGCUUGGGGAGAAAUGGGACAUUGCAAUGGCCGCACUCUAUCUAGCUUCUGAUGCAGGAAAAUAUGUAAAUGGGGCUAUAAUUAUUGUCGACGGCGGCCUUUGGUUGAGUCGUCCUCGCCAUAUUCCCAAGGAGGAGGUGAAGGCGCUCUCUAAGGUUGUCGAGAAGAAGGUUAGGGCCUCUGGUGUUGGGGUGCCAUCCAGCAAAUUGUGA